CACCGCUGCUGCGUUGGAACUGAGUGGAAGGGCAAGUGAUCAGUCUUUCGGACUCGUUUGGUCAUGCACGUCGACGUAUGUCCUGUGACGAUGAUUGCAUUCAUCGCCUUCGACUUGCUGCUUCUUGCCAGCCACAUCUUGCUGCCCGCUGACGGCAGUGAGAUUAAAUGGACCGAAUACGAGGAGCUCAACAGCUGGUACGGGUAAUCACAGCCCGACGAAUGCACACUGACAUGACGCGGAUGGAUGGAUUGAUGAUCUGUGCUUUUCUUUCAGUUCGGUACGGUACUUCCAGCUGCAGCUGCACGGCGGAUACGCUGUGAAUGAGGUGAUAUUGGAGAUUUCCGACAGCACACUGGAUGAGGGCAACACGCCGCUCUUCGUGCUGAGGAAGAAUGCGCUGGGUGAGCGGCAGCCCACGCUCCCUCACGGCAUGCACUCAUGAGUGUGAGUCCAUCCAUGCUUCUGUCUGUGUGCUCUUAACGCAUAGCGACGAGAAGCAUUAACGAUCUGUCCUUCCCCCUCUUGCUGACCGCACACACGGACCCCUUCCGCCUCACCGUGCCCUUCAAUUACUCAUCCGCUGUCUGGUACGCGACCCUCUAUGCCACGCCCCUCGCCGGAAGCGGCAGGCCGAUCUUCUUCUGCGAUGGCGCGGCACUCACAGUCCGCCUCGGCCAACGCGUCAGCUCGCCCCGCAUCUAUGUGUCGCCCCUCUUUCACGCCGUCCAGAUGAGGCUCUACAGUAACGGGCUGUCACCACUGGUGUCCUUCCCCCUUCCCGAGAGCCUGUGGAUGCCUCUGGAUGAUGACAGUGAGGACGACAGCAGCACGGCUGUGACUCGCUUCGUCACGGAGGCCAAGUUGGAGGUGGCGUGGCUGAGUCUGCCAGAUGUCGCCAAGGACGUGUGUGUGCGGCUGGCGUAUGAGGAUCAGGGCUUCGUCAAUGAGACGGACAGCAGCGGGGUGUUCGACUCGUGCGAAGCUGGGCACUGUCGGGGAGCGAGGGGGUGCCUGCCGGCGCCAGUGCGGAACGCCACCGAGGACAUCCGCAUCGAACGCAGGCUGAUUCGGCUCAAACGCCCGGUGCCCAUUUGGGAGAAUGUGACUGUGCUGGCCGAAUCGACAGCGGUGCUCAGCUAUCCCAGGGCUGGCUACUGGAGUGUCCGCUUCGCCCGCAGGGGGCCCUCUGUGUCGACCAACACGAGUGACCUCCUGUUGGUGAUGGCUGGCGCUUCCGUGUGUCCCAACGCCACACAGCCCCCGGGUCCUUCCCCCAUUCCCAUGCCAGCCAGAAGGCAGCUCAGCCCCUCACAAUCCCUAUUGCUUGGAGAGCGCCAGCUGUUGCCUCAUGUGGACGAAAAUGACGAUGAUGGUGAUGCGGCGGCUCCUGAGUGUGCUGCCAACGUGUCGCUGUUCCACUCCCAUUAUUGGUAUGGAUUCCCUGACCCGAUGGCGAUCGACAUACCCCUCAACGGCACAACUGUCUAUGCUGUGCUGCCGGUGCGGCCUCACGAGACCAUGGUGGAGGCCCUCAUGACACUCAAUGUCAGUGUGAGGACCACCAACACGACCUCGCUGCCAGCCGCAGCUGCUGCUGAGGUACUCAUUGCCAUGCGACGUGAUGGCGUCCCACCGAUGUCUAACGUGACGCACUGUGCGGACUUUGUGAGGCGGAUACCUCUAGCUGUAGAUAAGCAUGACGGCAGCGGGGGCAAGGGCGAGUGGCAGGCGGCGGGUGGGGCGGCUGUGGGGCCGACGAGGGACAUGCGGCCCGGUGUCAUGGUCAUGGCCAUGCAGCUGGUGUCAGCUGGAGAGGGGCGGCUGCUUCAUGACUUGGGGGCUGUUGCUGCCAUACGGGUGAGUGACUGACUGAGAACACAAACAGAACGGAUCGACGCGCACACGCUGGAUGCAAGUUCCCUUUUCUCUAUAUUUUGUGCGCGCAGGUAGAGGCGUCGAUGGAAGUUGUUCGCGAGUGUCCCGAUGACUGCAGCCAUCACGGCUCCUGCGACAACACAGUCGUGUUCGAUUUCCCCCUCUACUCGUGCUCUUGCCAGUACGGCUAUCACGGCGAGGCGUGCGAGUUGCAGUACCUCUCCCAACCCUUCUCGGCGCUGGGCGUCGUCUGUCUCGUGGGCUCCAAUAUCGCUGUGGUGCCUGUGGUAAUGCUGACGUGGAGGAAGGGGUGGUUCUUCAAGUGUUUAUUGUUCGCCAAUGUGGGGAUCUGGAGCGCCGUCUAUCACGCGUGCGACGUGGAGUGGCUCUGCCUCUUCAACUACCCACAGCUGCAGAGCCUUGACUUCACCUGCGCCUUUUUGUCAUUCGUGGUGGUCAUCCUGGAGUUCUGCCACUUCUCGCACCCCAUCCAGCGGUCCUUCCUGAUGUCCCUCUUCGCCCUCACCGUCACUCUCACCUCCAAGUCGGCAACAGCGUCGGCCAACAUCCUGGUGGUCUUUUCGCUGCUUAUCCUCGUCUACCUGUCGAGAUGGCUCUUUUGGCUGGCAAAGGGUCGAUUCAUGCCACGCCUCCUCCCCGCCCCCAUGGAUGAGCGAGGGAUUGCGGCUGCGGCAGAGAGCGGCCGGCCACUGAUGGACUCGCCCGCGCCGUCCAAUUGGCUAAUACUCCGGCAGACAGUGAUCGACAAGAUCGGCUGGAGCAAGAACGUGGGCCUGGGGCUGCUGUCGGCUGGCUUUGGCAUCGUGUGCUUCUUCUGUGAGACAUCGGCCAACUACUGGCUGCUGCACUCGCUGUGGCACGUGUUUAUCCAGCUGUCGCCCUACAUGCUGCUAAAAGCUGCCGCCAGGGCUCGCAAGACGAUGCUGCGAAGACGGAGGCACACAGAUGCCAGGCGGACACGCACCACCACAGACGAGGAGGACUCAGAAGAAGCAGAAGAUGACGAUGACGAGCCGGCACGUGACAGCGACGACGAUAUGACGCCAUCAAUGGUCGCUCUAGGGCCGGCCACCGGGGGCCGUCGACAGCCAAAAGACGACAAGACCACCCACGGCCAGCAGCUGCCCCCCCUCUCUCAGCCCGCCACCAUUGUCACGGACAUCACCAACGUCGCCCGGCAGGUCAGCACACGUCUCAUGGGUGGGGUCAACGGGCAUAGGAGGGAGAGAGAGGCGACGAGCAGCACAGAGCUGACCCCCACCAACAGCGGCAGGGCGGAGGGCUCUUCGGUCAGUGCCACCGGCUUUGACAGCCACGUCAGCGCGCCGAGGAUGGCCGAGAGUGAGAGGGAACAGGACAGAGAAAUGGCGGAUGGUGCUCAGAGACAGCAGGGCGAUCGGGUGUGUUGAUGCGUCUGUGUAUAGGCUGGCUGCUGCGGGCAUCUGUGGAUGAGAUGAUGGCAGUCGUUUUUCGGAAGAGGCAGUGGCGCCUCCCAUUUGUCUUGCUUCUGUGUCUUCAUCUUUCAUCUGUCUGUCGUGCUUACUUGCUUCCUUGCUUGUGGACAUCGUGCACCCGAUGGACCCCUCUACGCUUCUUGACUGAUGCAUGAUAUCACAUCUUGUUGUUCGUCAUCCAUAUGCGGCGUGGCGUUCUGACCUGCUCAGCAUCGCGGCAGCGAAGGGCCGGUGAGCUUCUCGUCUGAGAGAGGCUCACCACUCCAACGCCGUCGACGGUGCAGGCACAUCAGAACACUACAACUUCCACACCACAGCAGCCCGUGACGCACAUCCGCGGGCGUAGGUACUAGACGACAGCCAUUCCACGACUCGACUCGCACAGGGUCGAGCAGUGAGCAAGCUACCAGUGGUCGACAACCAUCUGCGCGUUUCUGAUCGACGACUCGCUACUGCCUA